UUAGGACUAAUCCAAUUGGGUGAUAAUUGCAUUGAGUUUGUCGCUAAUCACUGUGACCAGUGUAUUAAUGUGAUAACUAGUGGACUGUCCACUGGCAACACUAUCUGUGAGACUCAAACUAGAGUAGUCCAAAUUGACUCAGGAGUAAACAACAUGAGCUGUGAAUCCGUUAAACCGACAAAACUGGACGAAUGUCUUCAGCCGAUCGGUUACAUGAGAUCCAUAUUCAACCGCAAGAACGGCACUCCAAGACAGGCAUCCAUUUGUCCGCAAAGCAAAGGCUUUAUUGAUUUAAAUAAAUGUGUUUUCAAUAAUCCGGAUCAUUGUCUCCAAGGAUUACAACACUUCUCCCAUAUCUGGAUUUUAUAUAAUUUCCAUUUGAAUACAAACAAAAAAUGUCACUCAAAAGUACGUCCGCCGCGUCUCGACGGCCAGUCGUGCGGAGUGUUUGCCUCGCGAUCGCCGCACAGACCGAACCCAAUCGGUCUGUCACUCGUCAAACUCGAUGAAGUCAGAGUUAACUAUUGUUUCAUUUGUGAACUCAAAGACGGUUUGGUUUACGUCUCGGGUAUUGAUAUAUUGGACGGAACGCCGAUUAUAGACAUUAAGCCGUAUAUAAAACAAUACGAUUUCCCGGAAUCGGCCGCAGAUUGCGAUCAAAACACAAAAAAUACAGAUUUAACGAACGAUUCACCACAACCUGAGACCGAAGACACCGCCGAAGAGACGAGAGGUGGCAAUGAUUGGAUCGAUGGAAGUGUUGUCUCCGAAGUGAGCGUUGAAUUCACGACAAAAAGUUUACAACAAUUAAAGAACUUUCAUAAGAGAGACGACGAAAAUGUGUGCAAAUAUUGUCUCAAACAUUUGGAAGGCUUUGAAGACUCGAAGAAUGCCAUUAAGAAUCUGUUGAGAGCUGAUCCCCGUUCGGUCUACAGACGCAACAAAUGUGUGGACCGAUUGUAUUACUUCACAAUAGACUCGCUUCACAUCACCAGUUGGUUCGACAUCGAGACCAAUGUUGUGGAAGUGCUUAAAAUAAAACCAUUCGUUACA